GGUGUGACGCAGCCUGUUGGGGAUGGUGUUCGAAUCGGUCGGCUGAUGGUCGCCUGUCAGAGACCUGUUCUUUGGAGAACGCAAAGCAGGCGGUGUCAUGAAGGCGGGGGCCAGCUCCAUGUGGGCUUCUUGCUGUGGUUUGCUGAAUGAAGUGAUGGGCACUGGAGCUGUGCGAGGACAACAGGCUGCCUUUGGAGGAGGGACAGGGACAUUUAGAUUUGCUCAGAGUUCUGAUUUUUCACCGUUUUCUUCCUCUUCACCCUCCAACAUUGUAUGUAAAGCUUGUGGUCUGGCGUUUUCUGUCUUCAGAAAAAAGCAUAUUUGUAGCGAUUGCAAGAAAGAUUUCUGCUCCGUGUGUUCUACACUUCAAGAGAACCACAGACGGUGUUGUACAUGUCAUUUAUUAAAAGAAACAGCAUUUCAAAGGCCUCGAUUAAUGAAGCUGAAAGUUAAAGAUCUACGACAGUACCUGUCCUUAAGAAAUAUCCCCACUGAUAGUUGCAGGGAGAAAGAAGACUUAGUGGAACUAGUGCUUUGCCAUCAUGAUUCCUGCUCUGAAGAGAUGGAUCUUGGUAUGGACAGCUCCGCAAGACCACAGACUUCUGGCUUCUUUACGCAUCCAUUUUUUUCUUCACCUUCUGCGCCUUCACCCUCAGUGUCCUCAUCUCAGGGAGAAACAUCUGAGAGCCUAGGAAGUGCAACUACAUCCCAGGGAACAAGUGAAACGGUCUCUGUGGCAUCUGAUACAGAACCUCCAGAACAGCAGGUUGAGCUUUCAAAAAAGCGUGCAAGAGCAUCACUUUCUGAUUUAUCAACACUGGAGGAAAUUGAAGGGCUGACUAUCCGACAACUAAAAGAGAUCCUUGCGCGGAACUUUGUCAAUUACUCGGGCUGCUGUGAGAAAUGGGAACUUGUUGAGAAAGUUAACCGCUUGUACAGGGAAAAUGAAGAAAACCGGAAGUCAUUGGAAAAUCCAGACAACAAAGCUGAUUCAGUUCCAGAGAGAGAACGGCUGCAGUUGGCUGGCAAUGACGACAACCUGUGCAGAAUCUGCAUGGAUGCUGUUAUCGACUGUGUGCUCCUGGAGUGCGGCCACAUGGUGACCUGUACCAAAUGUGGGAAAAGAAUGAGCGAGUGCCCUAUCUGCAGACAGUAUGUGGUACGGGCAGUCCACGUCUUCAAAUCAUAAGUAUUCACACCAAAAA